AUGCCAACCAAUGUUAGGAAGACCGAUAUGCAGUUGACGAAUAACAAUAACAGUCAGUACCGAGGAAGGCACUACACUAAGAACGGGAGCAACCGGAAACAAAGUCACGACGAUGAAGCAGGCGAGAACAGAGCAGUCACCCUGGGAAAAGCCCGUGCUCGGACGGAAUGGGAUGGGACGCAGCGCGAGUAA